AUGUCUUCAGAAACAAGAAUGGACACUCAGAAGACUCCAAUGGACUUCAAGUUCAUCGCUCGUCUAGGCGAAGGAGCCUACAGUCAGGUGUUUCGAUGCCGCGAAGUGGGCACCAAUGCCACUUUUGCCAUCAAGGUUCUUGAAAAAGAGCAUUUGAUGAAGCACCAGAAAAUGGGAGCUAUUAUUCGGGAAAAGAAGAUUCUGGAGUUUAUGACUAAAGAUCUCAAUGGACACCCCUUUAUAAGCAGUCUGUAUUCCAAUUUUGAGGAUAAGGAUCGCAUUUAUAUGAAGCCAGAGAAUGUGCUUAUCAAAAAAGACGGACACAUUGUGAUUGCUGAUUUUGGAAGUGCAAAAACAACAAAAUUCGAAGAAGAAGAGGAAGAGGAGAUUCAGAAGACGUCGUCGGAGGAUUCUGAUGAGAAGGAAGACGUGGAGCAAGAGAAGGAGCAGGAGAGACGAACCACGUUUGUGGGAACUGCGUUGUAUAUUAGUCCGGAGAUGUUGAAUGAUGGAGCUGUUGGAGCAAAAUCCGACAUCUGGGCUCUUGGCUGCAUGAUCUACGAGUUUCUGGCCGGAAAACCUCCAUUCACCGGAAUUAAUCAAUAUCAGCAAACUCGAAAAGUUCAUGAAAACAACAUUACCUUUGAUGACUUCCCGGAAUCAGCUAAAAUUUCCGACCCCAAGCUCCGGAUCACCACAGACCAACUUAUGGCUCAUCAAUUCUACAAGGACAUCAACUGGAAAACAAUCACAACUACAAAACCUACAGUACCCCUUGAAAAGUAUUCAUUGUACAAGGAAAGAGAAGAGGUUUUGGAUGAAGACGUGCUGCCAGGAUUCGAUCUAGCCAGACUCAUCAAGUUGAGCGAUGGGUUGCCCAUACAACCAAAACUCAACGCCAGGGAGAAAGCCGAGAGAGAGGCUGCUUUGGAUGUUCAACGGCGUGACAAUGACUACCAUCAACUUCUGGACGGCUACUUGGUUCUCAAACAAGGCAUUCUACACAAGAAGCGAGGAUUCUUUGCCCGCAAACGAAUGUUCCUACUUACCGACGGACCACAGCUUGUCUACGUGGAUCCUAGUAAUAAGAAAGCACGUGGAAAAGUCCCAUGGACUCCAUGCAUGACGAUUGAGUAUGUCAAUCCGAAGUUGUUCAAUAUUCAUACGCCCGGCCGUACUUACAUCCUCUACGACUACAAUAAAACAGCCGAAGAAUGGUGUAGAGCUAUUGAAGAUGUGAGAGUCAAAUAUGCGGCACAGAUAAAGAAGAUUUAUGAUAAAGGGAUGGAGGAGGGCAAUUUCCAUGAAAUCUACGGAAAAAUUCGUCCAAAUAGAGAAAAAUUCACAUUUCAAGCUGAUUACUCUAAACUUAAUGUUUCGUAG